CAGGUCGUGUGCCUCUGUCGAGAUUCUAUGGCACAGGCUUGGAGGCGGAUUGGCGUUUCGCCGAGUCCGAGGCGUAUUUGCGUGAGCUGGGCGCCCUUGAUGAAAGCAGUCGCACCAAACAGGUGAUUAUCCCCAACUACAUCCAGGCGGCUUCCAACUGCAUCGUAGCUACCAAUCACUACAUGGUGUGCUGCCACAACGAUUGCAAUCCGCUGCUGGCCGAAAUUGAGCAAGCCAUUCACGCGCCCUUUGCAGCCCCGGAGCAGCUGUUGGAGGUCGUGAAGAACAUGACGACCAUGACUUCUUUGGAGGUGGAACACCCCGCACGCUUGGAUAGCACCCUGCUGGCGCAGUUGCGACAGAUUGCGGCCUCCCACAACGGGGAGGUACCACUCCACGGUCGCCUCUUUUUGCAGUGGCUGCACUAUGUGUUUCCUCAGCAGUGCGCCUUCCCGCACAAGUCCGGCACCACGAACGCCCUGUCCCCUCUGGAGUUUCAGGGAGGUGAGUACGUCGCUUCCCAGAGCACCAUGAUGGAACAUUCCCGGGCCAACGAGAGCGAGGAGGAAGACGAAGAGUGGAUGGCGCUCUGGAGUGAAGAGGAAGAACUCAUUGCUGGCUAUGAAGAACUUCAUUGGACUGCGCGGGUCUCACAGAAGUGCGGCUUCCUUUGUUUCGGCCUCGCUGCUUUGCUCGGUGCCAUUCGGCUGAAUUGGAAGCCCAAAGCAGAGAUUGAAUUGCUCCCAAGCUAUCGUGGAGGCAAAGCGCACUUUGUUUGAUCAUGGCAGUGGAGGCACCCUGAAGCUACGACGGAAGCUGCAAAAGUGGAGAUGAAAGCAUUACUGGUUGGUGGUUUGGAAC